AUGCCUUCAACACCACUUCUCAACGCCCAAGGCCAGCCUAUCAGGUCUGCUUUGAAGAACGAGGAAGAUGUCGCCCAAACACCACCUUGUGGCCCGACAAAGGCCGUCCAAAUCGCUGAGCCUGAGCCCCUUGCUCAGGAGGAGCCAAGGCCGAGGAGGGAAUUUGCUGCCAGCGUGAGCGGGAAGCGCCUCAGUGGCCGACCCCCAUUGCCAGCGGCGAACUCAUCUCGGACGUCCUUUGCCAGCCAAAGCAGCAUUGACACUCUGGAUCUUAAUGGGAACCAAAGCUUUUCGUCCCUUCCGCAGCUCCCAGAAGACGCUGCAGCCCAGGGUGACCAACCGUCGCAGGGCUCUCACCAGUUUCACAGUGGCUCCCAGAGGGUCGAUCGCGCGUCCGAGAAGCUACUCGCUCAGGUGGCUGAAUGGCUUCAGCGUGAGAAGGCCAAGCGGGAUACCAAGAAGCCUCGGAAGCACAACCACCACCACCACCACCACCACCUUCACUCGCGGCGGAAGCACAAGGCUCAACCCGAGGAGCCUCCGGUGGCUGAAGAGCCAGAGGUGGAGCCCGAGGUCGAGAACGUGCUGCGCAGGACGGCCUCUAUCGACUCCAACUCUAGCGAUGUUUCCCUGGAUCGGUUGCAGCGCAUUCUCGAUGAUAGCAUGGCUGCUCUGGGGAUCAGUUCUGUACCGCACUACAGCGCGAAACUGGGCCGACGACUCUCGCACCGCAAGAAGACUUCUUCACGUUCCACUCUGCAACUCUCUCGAGCAUAUUCGUCGGACACGGACUACGUGGAUGGAGAUGCCAUAGUGCCAAGUUGCGAUGCUAUUCUUGACAACUCCAAAACGCUGAAAUACAGCAAGGCAUCCGCAGACGACCACUCAACUGUAUCCGGAAAGCGCGAGGAAAAAGAGAGGCAAGCUUGGGCAACCUUCAAGAACGAGAUCAUCCGCCUGGCGCAUACGCUUCGGCUCAAAGGCUGGAGGCGUGUGGCCCUGGACGCCGGCGAUGACAUCCAGGUUGAGCGACUGAGUGGUGCCCUGACCAAUGCAGUCUAUGUUGUGACGCCGCCGGAGAACGUGCCAUCUGGCGACUCGGAGGUUGUUAAGAAGAAGCCACAGAAGCUGUUGCUGCGGAUUUACGGGCCCCAUGUUGAAAACCUGAUCGAUCGGGACAACGAGCUCAGCAUCCUGAAGCGGCUGGCCCGGAAGAAGAUAGGCCCCCGAAUGUUGGGAACGUUCACAAACGGUCGCUUUGAGCAGUUCUUCAACGCCGUGCCCCUGACCCCUGAAGAAAUGAGGCAAUCAGCAACCUCCAGGCAGAUCGCCAAGCGUAUGCGUGAGCUCCACUCCGGCAUUGACCUUCUCAAGGAGGAGAGGGACGGUGGCCCGACAUUGUUCAAGAACUGGGACAGUUGGGUGGACAAUGUUGAAAGAAGGUCACUCUUCCUCGACGAGCUCGUUGCAGCCCAUGCUGCGGAAUGGCCCAAGUUCAAGGCCAUGGUUGAUAAAUACCGGAACUUUCUCGUUCAGUACUAUGGAUCUGAAGGCCUCCAUGAGAAGCUAGUCUUCGCCCACAACGACACACAAUACGGCAACAUCCUCCGUGUUUGCACAGAUGACGAGAAGUCCCCGCUUCUGCAGCCCGAGAACCAGCACAAGCAGCUCAUCGUCAUCGACUUCGAGUACGCCUCGGCCAACCUUCCGGGCUGCGAGUUUGCGAACCACUUCACCGAGUGGGCGUACAACUACCACGACCCGCACGCGCCGUUCGCGUGCAGCGUGGAGCGCUACCCCUCGACUGAGGAGCAGAAACGCUUCAUCAAGGCGUACAUCGAGCACCGGCCCAAGAUCGCGUCCUCCGCACCGGCAUCCGCCUCCUCGGACGCGGACGUCACGCCCUCGGCGACGCCACUGGUGACGCCGCAGAACCCGAGCAGCUCCGUCGUCGAGUUCAUGCUGGAUGCACGCGCGCCGCCCGGCGGGUGGAAGGAGGAGGAGCGCCGCGCAGAGGGCGCUACGGACCAGCGCGUCGAAGAGCUCGUCAGGGAGACGCGGCUGUGGCGUGCCAUGAACAGCGCUCAGUGGGUCGCCUGGGGUAUCGUGCAGGCCAAGAUACCUGGGUACACAGAGCCCGCCGCGGAGGGCAGCGAGGCAGACGGAGACGUGGAUCAGAACAAGGCGCCGGCCUCGCCUGUGGCCUCUGAGGGCAGUGCUGCUGGCAGCAGCGGCGAAAGCGCCGGUGGAGGCGAGGACGAGGAGGGAUUUGAUUACCUCUCGUACGCGCACGAGCGCGCCCUCUUCUUCUGGGGCGACUGUGUCCAGAUGGGGCUCAUCAAGCUUGAGGAGCUGCCGGAGGGCCUGCGAGUGGGGAUUAAGAUGAUUGAUUACUAA